AUGCACAUAUACCCAUUUGGUAUUCGUGUGUACAUUUGUACGUUCUGAAAGCAGUUGGUGCAAUUAGAUCGAACGUUUUCCAUAGCUUUUGUGCAUAUAACUUAAGAAAAUGGCUUCCGGGGUUACCGUUUCAGAUGUUUGCAAAACAACAUACGAAGAAAUUAAAAAGGAUAAAAAACACCGCUAUGUAAUUUUUUAUAUACGUGACGAGAAACAAAUUGAUGUUGAAACCGUUGGUGACCGGAAUGCUGAAUACGACCAAUUUCUUGAAGACAUCCAGAAAUGUGGUCCUGGAGAAUGCCGUUAUGGAUUAUUCGAUUUUGAAUAUAUGCACCAAUGUCAAGGAACAUCAGAAAGCUCAAAGAAGCAGAAACUUUUUCUUAUGUCUUGGUGCCCGGACACUGCCAAGGUUAAGAAGAAGAUGUUGUACUCGAGUUCAUUUGAUGCUCUGAAGAAGUCAUUGGUGGGUGUGCAAAAAUAUAUUCAAGCUACCGACCUUUCUGAAGCUUCUAGAGAAGCUGUCGAAGAGAAAUUGCGCGCCACAGAUCGUCAAUAAAUAUGAUACAGUGUUCUACUUUUUUUGUAUUUGCAGUAGAAAUAAACAAAAAUAAGAAAAAUUAAA